GAGGCCAAGGGGUGAGAGGGCAGCGGCGGUUGGAGGUUGCGAGGAGGCGGGGCGACCGGGAGAGCGUAGGAGCUUUGGUCCGUUCUCCCUGCUCUCCUUUAUCCUUAGGGGUCGGUAGCUGCGGGGACGGCCCGGUGCCCGGUGUAUGGCCACGGAGUUACGGUGUCCGGACUCCAUGCCCUGUCACAACCAGCAAGUAAACUGUGCCUCGACCCAAAACCCCGAGCAGCAGCAACCUGACGAACUGAUCCCGGACCAUGCCGGGGGAAACAGUGACUCCGCGGCCAAGCUGACUCUCCUCAGGGGGAGAGUAAGGUCUUCUAGCGUACCGGCUGAGCGGGACCUUCAGGCCGGCGGCGACGCCACUCUCAACUCAGAGAGCAACGGUGGCACUGGCAACUCUGACGCGCCAGCCAGCGACUCCCUCCUAGGGGACUGCGAACUCUCCCGGCAGAUCGGGGCGCAGCUUAAGCUCCUGCCAAUGAAUGAUCAGAUCCGGGAGCUGCAGACCAUCAUCCGGGAUAAGACAGCCAGUAGAGGGGACUUCAUGUUUUCUGCGGAUCGUUUGAUCCGACUUGUUGUGGAAGAGGGAUUGAAUCAGCUACCAUAUAAAGAAUGCAUGGUGACCACUCCAACAGGGUACAAGUAUGAAGGAGUGAAAUUUGAGAAGGGAAACUGUGGGGUCAGCAUAAUGAGAAGUGGUGAGGCAAUGGAACAAGGUUUACGAGACUGCUGUCGAUCCAUACGAAUUGGAAAGAUCCUGAUUCAGAGUGAUGAGGAGACACAAAAAGCCAAAGUAUAUUAUGCCAAGUUCCCCCCAGACAUUUACAGAAGAAAAGUCCUUCUGAUGUAUCCGAUUCUCAGCACUGGAAAUACUGUAAUUGAAGCUGUAAAGGUUCUCAUAGAACAUGGAGUUCAACCUAGUGUUAUUAUCCUACUCAGUCUGUUUUCCACUCCUCAUGGUGCCAAAUCAAUCAUUCAAGAGUUUCCAGAGAUCACAAUUUUAACUACUGAAGUUCAUCCUGUUGCACCUACACAUUUUGGACAGAAAUACUUUGGAACAGACUAAGUUAUUGAAGGAAAAUUAUUCUAUUGUGUAAUAUUACAGUUAUGAGUUUCUACCUGUUUGACUAAUUCACUUGAGGAAUGACAUAGAAAAUUGUGUUAAAGAUACUUUGUAAUUUUUGGAAGUGGGUAUAUUAAAAGGAAAUACUUGAGGUUUAUUUUUUAUUUAGUUAUUUCUUGACCAUUGGCACCAAAUUCAGCAAUGAAGCACACACAACUCUUCAAAAAUAUUUUAAUAAUGUUCUUAUGCAAAUUGCUGAUCCAUCAGUGCAUUGAAACUGUUCCCUAAUUUAUGAACCUCAGUUUAGAGGUUGCUUGCAGCCACAAAUAAAACCCAAAUGGGAGUCAGUUCAUUGGCCCACUCUAGUUUGCAUUUUGUUUAGUUUGCUUUUAGUUCUAGGGAGAUUUCAUGUAUGUGGCUGUUGUCACCUUCCUCUACUCUUUACUUCCUAGUACAAUACACACCGGUAACUUGGAGAGGAUGAAAAAAGAAUGCCUCAUAGAAUUUUACGUUUCCAUUAAUGUCCUCACUCAGUUGGCAGAUCCAGAGUAUACAGUUAGCUCUUCGUUCAAGCCAUUAUGUUCUUCAUGGCUCACUUCCUACCCUGUGCAUUGUUGGUAGGUGCCUUGUCAAGUGUAAUGCAGUGAAGACGAUGGUGGGGCAUUUCCAGCAACUGGAACUGUAACAUUAAUUUGCUUAGAUUGAACCAGGGAUGUCUGGAUGCUGACAAGGGAGGGCUAAAUACUGUUAAUGCCAUCAAUGCCCUAGAAAUGAAUUGGUGGUGAUUUUUCUGAGGUAUGGGGGAAAGGAUGGUUUCUUUCUGGGCGUAUGGCCAAUAAGUAAAUUAAAAUGCUUCGUUUUUAAUUUGGAUGUUUCUAAUAGAGGCUUUUGAUUUGGAACUUAGUUCCUUUGCAUGUUUGUCAAUUGUAGAUGUAUUAAAAUGGGACAAAAUAUCAUGAUAUUAAAAAAAUCCCUAAGAUUUAUAUGUGUUCAUAUUUAGGCUUCUGAAAGGAAGAUAAAUCAUUUUAGGAAAGGAUGUUCGUGUUCUGAAACUUGCUUGUAAAACCCUGAUCUCAUUUUACAUUGAUAUUAAAACAUUUUAACAAUG